AUGACAACUCCCACGGAUGUCGUCCUCCGCAAUAUUCUGGAAGAAUGCCGCGACGGUGUGGAUGGGACCGGCUUUAACGAGGUGGUGGUGAUGCUGGAAAGCACCGCCGCGUCGGCGGAAGUCUACAUGGAUUUUGACGACCUGCGGUUCACGCCCAACGGUCGCGUCGUAACGUUGAUGGUUCCCGGGGGCACGCACAUGCACCUGGAUAUGUCCAAGAUUCGGGAGGCCGAGUUCAUUCAUACGACCAACGACCAGGGCCUGCCGUCGUACCAGUUGUGGAUGCGAGAUGGUGAGGGCAAUCCGGCGAUGCGCGUUUACCUGCGCAGGUCGGACGUUGACGCCACGAAUCCGCCGCGACACAACUUCUUCAUGUCGCUGCUGGAAAAGUAUCCGGAGAAGAUUGCGUUGCCGGCCGACGCUUACGAUUCGGCGGGCGAUUAG